AUGGCUAAGAUGUUUACGGGAAAACCUCCUCGUUUUUAUUGUGAAGAUGAAGAAAUGUUAGCUAUAAAAAUAUAUAAUGGAUUGCAUCCCAAAGACACUUCUGAACCAACUGCAUAUAACAUUUGUAAAAGAACUACCAAAGAUG